AUGGCCAUUUUGAGGAUGGGCUUUAGACUUGAUCGGCCAAAUCUAGUUGAGACCAUUCCCAUAAAAGAAGUGGAACAGAAAGAUGUCAUAUAUUUCAUUGAAGAUCAUAUUGUGAGUUGUUUUGGAAUCCUUCAAACAUUGACCAUUGAUAGAGGAACGAUGUUCAUUGGAAAAAAGAUGGUACAAUAUGUUGAAUUAAGGAACAUCAAAUUGCUUGCUUCGACUCCAUAUUAUGCCCAAGCUAAUGGUCAAGUAGAAGCUAUUAAUAAAAUCUUGAUCAAGAAACAUAUUGAUCACAAGCCUCAAAAUUGGCAUGAAACGUUAAAUCAAGUACUUUGGGCAUAUUGA